AUGUCUGAACCAGCGGCACCGGCGCCCAAGCCGCGGUGGCUUGAUCCCAGGCCGUCGACUUGGUACAACCGCAUCGCUACAUCGCCGUCGCUUCAUCGCUGCACUGCAUAUCUUAGAUCACUGCUGCGUCCGCGGCUAUCGUGGCGCUACGUCGCAUGCUCUGUCGUGGGCGUCUAUGUUCUUUACUGCUUCGUCACAUGGCAGCCCUUCUUCUCAUCUCGUCUGCCGGCGUAUUCGGGGCCUCACUCAGUCGGCGCCAUAGACCUGGAGAUUCCCCUUGAGAAGCCAAAGCGCAUAUCCGAUACUGUGCUAAAAGACUCUAAAGAGCCUGCGUUUGAGGUAGAGAGCGUGCUCUUCACUGUGUAUUAUCCCGCUGUUAAAGGCGCCAAGUCACGCGCUGUUUUGCAUCCCUGGGUUCCUAAACCUAUAAGUCUCACAGCAGAGGGCUAUGCGCGCGCUGCUGGUGUCAACAACUUCCUCAUUCGACCGAUUUUCACAUUUGCGCUGUGGCUCCUUGUCGGUAGUAUCAAGAUCCCCGCCAAGGUCGACGUUCCUCUUCUAGGCUCCGACUCGCAAAGCAAAGAUGGGCAAAAGUUCCCCGUCAUGGUCUUUUCUCAUGGCGCUGUGAGUUCCAGGACCGACUACACCCAUUAUCUCGGCGAACUCGCUAGUCGCGGCCAUGUCAUUGCUGCUCUCGAGCAUCGCGACGGUAGCUGUCCCGGCACCAUGGUCCAGAUCAAGGAUAAGAAGGACCGGCCUGUGUUUCUCCUCAAACAGGGCGAUCUCAUAUCUGACCCGCCUAUGAACGACACCAUUCUCAAAAGAGAGCAACUCGCUUUCCGCACCGAAGAGAUCCUCCAGACCAUUCGGGUCCUUCAAGACGUCAACAACGGCAAAGGCUCAGAUAUCUUCAUCUCCAGCUCCCGUCACGAAGGCCAAGCCCUCGAUGCAUGGGCCAACCGCCUGGACUUCAACCACCUCACCAUCAACGGCCACUCCUACGGCGCAACAGGGGCUCUCCAAGCCCUGAAGACCGCAAACACCACCAAUGCCAACCCAGCCAUUGGUGGCAUCGCUCUCGACCCUGGCAAGUCCAGCGGCCAGCUCAAUGCCGACAUCCCUGUUCCUCUACUCGUAGUCCACUCCAAUUCGUGGUCCAAGACGCACAGCAUCUUCUUCGGCCGGCCGCACUUCGACACGGUCGUCGAUCUAGUACGUGGCGUGCGAGACAAGGUCGGUUCGGCUUGGUUCCUCACAAGCGUCGGAACAGCUCACCCCAGUGUGACUGAUGCGCCGCUUCUGCAACCCCUCCUCCUCAAUUUCGCUACGGGCGCUACUGCAGAUGUGCGCAAAGCCCUCGGGGAGUAUGUCAAGGUCACAUUAGACUUUCUUGAGUUCACAAAUACAGGCAAGAAGAACGGUGUGCUGGACCAAGGGGUGACCCAUGAAAAAUACGGAGAGUGGGUGAGUGAGGAGAGGAAGAAGAGCUUUCCCAAAGAAUUUGCAAAGUAUUGGGAAGUGCACGUGAGCCCCGUCAACCAGACUAAGUAA